UGCUCACACUAUUAUCGCUUUUAAAAUUUUUAUAUAAUGUUUUUAGAAUUUUAGCGUAUAAUUGUCUCAGGUAAACAUCUGUACCGGCUAGGCCCAUGCUCGAAGCCAUGGGAGAACCGGUGAAAGGGACGGUGACAUCACUCUCCUCACUAAUUCCGGUGGAUGAAGCUCAGAAAGCAUUGCAGCGUGUGCACGAAGCCGUCGCCGAGCGGCGGAAACAGAUGGAUCAGCUAAACGGCUUCGUCGCUGAAAACAGAAGUCUCAUCGAUCUUGUUCAGCGUCUUCCCGACAAACUCCACCACGACAUCAUGGUUCCGUUUGGGAAGGCUGCAUUUUUCCCUGGCCGAUUGAUUCAUACCAAUGAAUUUAUGUACUCUUGGGAGAGGGUUAUUAUGCUGAAAGAUCAUCCAAACAGACCUCUGAAAUUUUGACCAGAAGGGGUAAGGAUUUGGAGUCCCAAGUUCAACAUCUAAAAGCUGUAAUGCAGGACCUUGAGGCUGAAGCUUCAUUUUUUGAUAAAACGGCUUCAGAGUCAGCGGAAGGUCUUGUAGAGAUCAGGGAAGACAUUGUUGAGGAAUCUUCUUAUAGAAAGCCAGCCACACCAGGGGUCUCAAACAUGGACUCUAAUAGUUUUCCUAAAGAAGAAGAUGCCACACAAAAAUUUAAAGACGAAGAAUAUGCUCAAAUAUUAGCUCGGAUUGCUGAACUUGAGAAAGAAGAGGAAGAAGCUGAAAAGGCCAAUGAAAUUAGUGAGGAUGAAUCUGGAGAAGCCAUCCAAGUGGGAAAUUCAGAGGUGUGUGGUUUGAGUAACAUGACAAAAGCAGUAACUUCUUUAAGAACAGAGUCAAAUGAAGUUAUAAUGGCAGCUUCAAGAAAUCAUGAUCUUUCGAAAACAGAAGGUUCAAAUGGACAAGCUCAACUACCUAAAGGUGAGUACUUUCAUGAAGAAUGCUUGCCAUUUUGUCAAACAAGCUCAACUAGUGUUGCUCCAAAGCUUCCUGUACUGAAGGACAAUAUAGCUGUGUUGGAAAGCAAGCAGGCGGCAGUAAACAGAACUGAAGAACACUUUGAUGCUAGCAAGGCUUUUACUGGUUCUAUCGUGGAACAUUCGCCCAACAUUGAUAUGCAACCUAGUGUUGGUCGUGCCUCAAAGCCAGUAUCUAGAUUCAAGAUGCAGAGGAAGUGACUAUGGGAGUUUGGGUAUAUGAGUAGUUUAUUUAACCUCCCACAUGAUCAGUCGGGAGAAUGGGUGAUAGAUUAUCUGUGGAGGUGCUAGGAAUGUAUGGUUGACUGUCAAAAUAGACAUAAGUUGAAGGUCAGCGCACCCCCUUUUAGAUAUGUCGGCCUGUACAAACUAUGUAGAUGCAUCUGUGUUUCAAAAUCAUUGUCUUAGUGGAGAUUUGUUUUAUUAGUUAGGAUAUUUUUCCUGAAAAUUUUUGGUCUAUUUUGGUGUUUUUUAAUUUUGGUUUUAUGUGUAUUUUACUAGUGUUUAAGACGGGCUAACCUGUUUAAGUUUGAUCUCGUCGGUCAUUUAUCCUAUGUCAAAGGUUAUUUCUGGGGAAAAUUGGUUUUUGCUCCCCAAGUUCAUCAAAUUGGAGUUCCC